AGUACACACAUAUAUACUAUACCGUGGAUUCUGAUCUUUCAUACCCCUGUUAAAACCCUAGCUCAAACCCCGACUUAGAUUCUCUAAUUUCUCUCACAAAAUCUUUUGCUUCGUUUUUGCUGAGAGAUUUGAAGCUGUGCGGUGAGUAUGUCGGACGAGGAGAGAGAAGAGAAGGAGUUGGAUCUCACUAGUCCUGAGGUCGUCACCAAGUACAAGAGCGCCGCUGAAAUCGUUAAUAAGGCGUUACAGUUGGUGUUGUUCGAAUGCAAACCAAAAGCAAAGAUUGGUGAUAUAUGUGAAAAAGGAGAUGCAUUCAUCAGAGAGCAAACUGGAAAUAUGUACAAGAAUGUUAAAAAGAAGAUUGAGAGGGGUGUUGCUUUCCCAACAUGCAUUUCGGUGAAUAAUAUGGUCUGCCAUUUCUCUCCCCUCACCAGUGAUGAGACGGUAUUAGAGGAAGGUGAUUCACUGAAGAUUGAUAUGGGAUGUCACAUAGAUGGUUUCAUUGCUGUAGUGGCGCAUACUCAUGUACUUCAGGAAGGGCCAGUUACAGGUAGGGCAGCUGAUGUUAUUGCAGCAGCUCAUACGGCUGCUGAAGUUGCUUUGAGGCUUGUGAGGCCUGGAAGGAAGAACAAAGAUGUAACAGAUGCUAUUCAGAAAGUUGCUGCGGCCUAUGAUUGCAAGAUUGUUGAGGGUGUGCUAAGUCACCAACUCAAGCAGUUUGUGAUUGAUGGGAAUAAAGUGGUGCUGAGUGUGUCCAAUCCUGAAACCAGAGUUGAUGAUGCAGAAUUUGAGGAGAACGAGGUUUAUGCAAUCGACAUAGUCACCAGUACAGGUGAUGGAAAACCAAGGCUAUUGGAUGAGAAACAAACAACUAUCUAUAAAAGAGCCGUGGACAGGAACUAUCAUCUGAAAAUGAAAGCUUCGAGAUUUAUCUUCAGUGAAAUUAAUCAGAAAUUUCCAAUCAUGCCAUUUUCAGCAAGGGCCUUGGAGGAGAAGAGGGCUCGACUGGGACUAGUAGAAUGUGUUAACCAUGAUCUUUUGCAGCCAUAUCCUGUUCUGCAUGAGAAACCUGGUGAUUUGGUUGCUCAUAUAAAAUUCACUGUUCUGUUGAUGCCUAAUGGGUCAGACAGAAUCACGUCUCAUCCUCUGCAGGAGAUGAAGGCGACAAGGACAACAGAUGAUGACCCUGAAAUUAAGGCCUGGCUUGCUCUUCCUAUAAAGACAAAGAAGAAAGGUGGCGGCAAAAAGAAAAAAGGUAAGAAAGGUGACAAAACAGAGGACUUAGCAGAAACCGAGCCUGUGGAUGAAGUAACUGAUGGCAUUGCAUCUCAAGAAUAAGAGUUGUUCGUUUCUUGUCCGUUGGUUUUUGCUGAUGGCAAUUUUAGUUAUACAGGAGGGAGGGAGGAGAGAGAAAAAAAAAAGAAAAAGGAGGGUGGGGGAGAGCAUCUGAUAUUGAGCCUGGCUGGCGCUCCUUUUCUGUGUGGGCUGAAGGAAAAGAUCGAUCUUCCCCUUGUAUUACUUCUUGGUGUCUCAAUUGUUCAAGCAAUGCAUAAAUUCACAUUUGAAGCUUCAAUAAAUGAAAGAUGCUUUCAAUGUUGUUGACUUGUGGUCUUUAAACUUGAAAUACAACAAAAUUUGUUGAAUAAUGUUAC